AUGUCACAACAUCAAGAUACAUCUGCUUCCAAAAAUACUAAGUCUACUCCAAAAUUUAGUGUUCCUCCCAUGGGCGUCCCUGAUGAUGAGAUUCUGGAUGUUGCUCCUCUCUCUGUUAUUCCCACUGCAGACAUUGAUUUGAACCAACCCAUCUCCAUUGAUGCCUCUGCUUCUGCAUGUUCCAAUCAAGGUAAUCCCUCUAGUAUUCUGUCUGGUUCAACUCCUGUCACUAAGUAUAAGGAAGGAACACACUAUAUUGAUCGUGUUAUAAGAGACAUGGUUAUUAGAAUUCUUAAUGAAGGUCACUCUGUGAAGGGGGUUUCUACUCCCCUUGCUCAAAGGUAUCCCCCUAUUGAGGUUGAACAACCUAGUGGUAAGGGUGAUGAUUCUUCCAGUUCUGAAAAGGUCUUGGCUGCUGAAGGGUUGCGCUCUUUAGGGCAAACCGUGUCUGAAAAAGGGAAAUCUGUGGCCUCUAACACGGCUAAUGCCUCCCACUCUGAGAAGUAUGAUGAUGCAAAUGUUGUGAUUGAUCUAGAGGAUGGUAGCUCUGAUGACCAAGAGGAAAGCUUGAUUCAUCACAUAAAGCCAAGUGUGGCUAAACGCAUGAAGACUCGCAAAGGAAAAUCUGUGGCUGAACUUAUGUCAGCUAGAAAAGCUAAGAAGGUUGAUGUCAUUGGUCCCUCCAAACCAUGGAGCAAGGUUGAAAUAAAGAAGAGAAAGGUCAGAGAUGAUUCUGAGCCUAAAGAGGAUGUUGAGGAAGAUGUCCCUGACAUCUCGCCUACGAAGAAAACUACUGUUAGGAAGUCUUCUAUUAAAGUACCUGUUGUUCAUUUGGAUAACAUCUCCUUUCAUCUUGAGGAUGAAGUUGCUAAGUGGAAAUUUGUGAUUCAGAGAAGGGUAGCUGUGGAAAGGGAAUUGGGAAAAGAUGUUGCUGAUGUCAAGGAGGUCAUGAACCUAUUACAAGCUGCUGGGAUUUUGAAGACUGUUGUUGGGUUCUCUCAAUGCUACGAAGGCAGAAAUAAUGAGGGUGCAGGAGAAUUAGAGGUUACAUACAAUCAGGUCUGUAGGGAGAUUACAGCUAAGCAGGUGAAAGUUUGGCCUUUUAAAAAGUAUCUUCCUGCUGGGAAGUUGACUAUCAAGUAUGAUAUCCUGCAUAAAAUAGGAGCUGCUAACUGGGUCCCUACCAACCAUAUCUCCACCAUUGCUAAUACUCUUGGGAGGUUUAUUUUUGCUGUUGGGACAAAAGUGAAAUUUGACUAUGGUAGAUAUAUGUUUGAUCAAAUCAUCAAGCAUGCAAAUACUAAUGCAGUUAAGCUGCCAGUUGCUUUUCCCUCUAUGAUUUAUGGAAUUAUCUUGAAUCAACAUCCUGAUAUUCUGUGCUCAAAUGAUUUACCUAGUAGGAGAAAACCAGCUAUGUCUGUGCACUACAAACUCUUUGAAGAAAGUCAUGUCGAGGAUAUUGUCAUGACAUCUGCCAUGAGGAGGUCAGUCUUAAAAGUUGGAGAAAUUGCUGAGCUUAGGGAGACAUUCAAAGAGCUAGGUGAAUGGAUUAGGGUAGCCACAACUAGAAAACAAUCUUUGGAAGCCUUGAUUGAAAGCUUGGAGCAGGAUGAGGGUGAAAAUGUUGAACAUUCUAAUAUCAACCAUGAAGAAGAAGCUGAAGCCCACACCUCUAGUGAGAGGUCUGCUAACAAUGAUGAUGCGAGUGGCAAUUCUGCUUCUGGUGCUGCUGAAGAGGCUGCAAACUCAAGCUUUACUGAGUAG